UCGCCACAAGAAUUAUCCUCAUGGAUAACUUGUUUCAUUUCAGCAAAUCUCAUACUUUCAAUUUUUCCAUUCUCAUAUCAAUCAAUUUCUUCCUUUACUUAGCAACCGCGUCUGCUUGCACCAUUGAUGCAGUUCCAAUGCAGCAAAGUUUCAACAACCUCUCUCUUGUAAUGCUAUGCAAAUCAGUUGCCAUUUCAGGUCUAGUCCUUUUCGUCUUCUACACAUUCUUGUAUGGGUUCCCCAGUAAAGAUGCUUCUACUCUCUUCGGCCAGUUUGAGCUCAAAUGGUCAGCUUCCUCCAUCCCCAGUAGUUCGCCGGUGAAUUCUCCUACCAAUAUCAGCCACAUUAUGUUUGUAUUAGUAGGUUCGUUAAAAACAUGGAAGCACAGAAAACCUUACAUUGAAGCAUGGUGGCGACCAAACCAAACCAGAGGAAACAUAUUCUUGGAUUUUCCACCCUCGCCAGAGUUGCUGCCCUGGCCUUCAUCUUCUCCUCCUUUCAUUGUCAAUGAAGACGUUGCCAAACUACGAGUGUUCCAUAAACUGAAGAGCCCUAUUCAAGUUCGACUCUUUCGUUCAAUACUGGAUGCAUUCAGACUGCAACACAACAAAGAUGUGAGAUGGUAUGUAAUGGUGGAUGAUGACAGCCUGGUCUUCGUGGAUAACUUAGUUGAAGUGCUGUCAAAAUAUGAUCAUACUGAAUAUCAUUACAUAGGAACCAACUCAGAAUGCAUUAAGUCCAACUUUUACUUCUCCUUUGACAUGGGAUUUGGUGGAGCAGGGUAUGCUCUGAGCUAUCCUUUGGUGGAAGCUCUGGUUCCAACAAUAGAUGAGUGUAUUGAGAGAUACCCAUAUAUGAUGGUGAGUGAUUAUCUCUGUUCCUCAUGUUUGGCUGAUUUGGGUGUUCAUCUAACUCAGGAAAAAGGUUUCCACCAGAUUGAUCUCCAUGGUGAUAUAUCAGGUCUUCUAUCAUCUCAUCCUCAAUCUCCUCUCCUUACACUUCAUCAUUUUGAUACCAUUCAUCCUCUCUUCCCUUCCAAGAACCGCUAUGAAUCUAUAACUAAACUCAUGGAAGCAGCUAAAGUUGAUCAAUCACGGUUGCUGCAACAGACCAUCUGCUACCACAAGGCAAGCAACUGGUCCUUCUCUGUUUCCUGGGGAUACUCCGCUUAUAUCUACGAAAAUAUCAUCCCUAGAAGCAUUCUGAGGAAACCUCACGAGACAUUUGUGCCAUGGCAGAGAAGUACGCCUCCAUUUUACAUGUUCAACACUAGGUGGCCUUGGCCUCCUAAAGACCCCUGUGAAGCUCCUCAUGUCUUCUUCUUGGAUUCCAUUGAAAAGCUUGCAAAGAACAUAGUCCUUACCACAUAUAAUCGAACAUCACCGCGUAAUCUGCCUCCUUGUUCAUUGUCUGGCAAUCACUCGGCAGAUGCUAUCACACAGAUUCGAGUUCUUUUUGAGGCAAUUUUGUCUAAGGAGGCUGGAAAAAUAGAAUGCUGCGACGUUGAAUAUGUUGCUGGCAUGAAAGUUGCAGAGAUCAAGUUAAGAGGUUGUAGGAAGGGCGAAGUUAUUGCUUAGAUGUCUCCCUUUAAUCUCCUUCCUCUUUCCCCAGUUUUUCUCUCUUUUUACACCAAUUAAUCAUCUGAUUUCAAAGAUAAGGUGUUGAUCCUGUGAAGAAAAACAGCAGUAACAGGGAACAUGUGAUUGAUGUUGUUGCUUGAGUAUGAAGGCCUGGGGAUGGUAUAGAUGACUUUAAUGAUGUAAAUUGCUUCAAUGCAGUCAGCUAAUUCUUCUUCAUUCCCUUUAUUAAAUAUGAAUAAUAUGA